AUGGCUUCAGAAGGCCGUUCACGAGUUCAACAGAACGAUCUGCUCUUACACGAAGCAGUGAUCAAGAACGAACCAGAAGCAGUUCGAGAGGCUUUAAGAAGACCAACAGAUGUCAAUUGCAGGAAUAAUUACGGCCGAGCUCCGAUCCAUUGGGCGGCGAGUCGAGGAAACGUCGAAAUAAUUAAUUUACUGAUAGAAGCAAAAUGCGACAUUGAGGCGGUAGACAAGUUUGGAAUGAGGCCCUUGCUGAUGGCAGCGUGGCACGGACAUCUCAACGCUGUACAAGCUCUCGUCAAAGCGGGCGCUUGUCUUGCAGCUACUAACAAAAAAAACAAUGACAUUCUACAAUGCGCGUGCGCUCGAGGUUCCAAGGAAGUGGCGGCCUACGGGAUAUCCCUCGGCGCUAGAGUGCAAGGGUGUGACGCGGCGGGGGACGCACCGCUUGCCCUCGCCGCUCGGGCCGGGUACACUGCGGUCGUUGAACUGCUGCUAGAUAAGGGAGCCUACAUAGACGCUGUGAAUAAGGUUGGCCGGACAGCCUUACACGUCGCUUGCGAAGGUGGACACUGCAGCACUGCUACUCUCCUGGUAACAAAAGGUGCAUCGCGAGAAGCCCGAGACAACUCCGGGCGAACUCCAUUACACCAAGCUGCUGUACACCGACACACGGAGCUAGUGAGAGUGCUGCUUGAAAUAGGAUGCAACGUUAAUGCGACAGAUAAUAAUGGGGUGACCGCACUACAAAUGGCAUGCGCCCAAGGUUGCCGCGGCAUCGUCGAGCAUCUGCUGGCCUUUGGGGCUGACGUGCACUUACAAAACAGUGUGGGUUCAUCCGCAUUACACGCGGCGUGUGCGGCUGACGCUACUGACAUAGUAGAGCUCCUGCUGGCUCACGGAGCAGACCCAGCACUCACGGACCAAUGGUCUCAGUCGCCACUGAGCGUGGCGGGAGGAGCAGCUGAAUCGCCACCGGAGGGGUUCAGAAGAGCUGCGCGAGGGUCUUUCUCCGCCAUACUGGAUCUGCUAACUGCAACCACCAACCUUGAUCAUCAUCAAGAGCAGUCUGACGGGUCAACGUCCCCUCGCAACGAGGAUAAGUCCGGCGGCCAUUCUCCUGCCGCUAAUGAAGAAGGGAACAGUGAAAGAUGAUGGUCAGCGACCACUCUUCUAGACAGACUUGCACAACGAGGCUUUGCGGCAGACA